AUGAGUAUCGAUUUUCUUACUAGUAUUCAUGAAAUCGUCAGUGACACUUUGUCACCACAUCCACCCUUCAUCACACCUUCCUUGAUAAAACUUUAUCUUUCACAAUGUGUGACACUACUUUUUCUUUUCAGAUUCACUUCCUCAAGAAAGAACCAGGUGGGUGGUUUAUUUACAAAACUAUUUGAGGUGAUUCUACUAAUAGUCACCCACAUUGGUACAUUUUACAUUGUAUCUGUAAAAGAUUCAGCUUACAUUACAGACGACAUAAAACUAGCCAUGAUUAUUCAAGUCAUCAUCAUUUACGGCUUAGGCAUUGUUGAUUUAGUUGUACAGGCUAAUGGUACCGAGGAGUUUCAACAAGAAGGAAAAGCAGAUCUCGAGGGGACUUUUUGUGAUCCCGUGUGGCUCAAACAUCUACGUCAUUUCAAUAAUGAUUUCCUCAAGAUAAUACUCAGUUACAAUUUCAUUAUGAUCAAUGAUCUUGAUACCAGUAUGAUGCUAAAAUUGAGUGAAUUUGCAAUCAAGUUGUAUUGUUUAUGGAUUAUGUUAAAAUAUGAAUACAAAAGCGAUGAAGAAGAGGUUGAACGAGUAGUUGAUGUCUGUGAAAAAGUUUGA